AUGGAUCCCGACUCAGAACGCAACAACCCUUACCACCAUAUUUUCCUGAGCGUCAACCUUGGGUACCUCGCGAAGACCUCGAAAUUAGAGCUAGACACGACCGAUGGCUAUUUCCAAAACACCUUAGCACAACCCUCUACGCCAGUACAAUCUUCCCCGCAGGAGUCAGGACUUAGAGCCGACCAAGAAUAUCAGCAAGCUGGUCUGGAAAUGGGAUCAAAACGAGCAGCAUCAAGCAAAUGGCCCCUACCCCGAUAG